UGACGUCAAUCAUGAUCACAUUUUAAAAGAUUUUAACAAGGAAGACUCAUCCAAACUAAUUGGCAUAUUAACGUUUACAUAGGGUUCUUUAAUCUAAUAGCUAUUGCAAAAAGUGCAAAUAGUAUGUAGUAGUGGAUUGCUUGAAUGAAUCCACGUGAUCGGAAAUCAUAUGAUCGGAACACGUAAUUGUAAAUCACGUGAUCCAAAGUUGUAUACGAUGAUUGAAGAAAACAAAAGAGAGGGAAAGAAUGAAUGAAAGAAAGAAAGAGAGCUACUUUCGUAAUAGAUAAUAGGCUUCCAUUAAUCCAAUAAGCUAAAAGUUUUUUGACAAAAAUAAGUAAGUACAUAUAUAAAAGGAAGAUCAUAUUAAACGACGACAAGUUGUUGUCUUUGUGUGUGAUAAAUCUACACGAAAGGUGCUUUGAUAUAUCCUUAAAUUAAAACCAUAUUGAUGUUCCUACACAAGGUUAUAUCUAGAAAAUCAAUAUUACUUAAGAUUAUAUAGGAAGAAUUUUUGUGUCGCAUGAGAUUUAUCGUUGGACUCGAUGUAGUCGCCUUUUUCGAACGAAUUUUGAUCAAAUACCGUAAUCGUAUUGACAACAACAAAAUUGGUAAACCAUUCUGAUUUCAAAGUUUUCAAAAGAUGAAACAGUAUUUGAACUAAAUUCGUUUUUAAAUUAAUAAUUGUUGCCAAGUACAUAAAUGAAAUAUUUCUUAAUCGACUUUUCUCAAACGAUUUUGCCAAUUUGCCUUCUUGUCCUUGAUGACAUCGUCCAUUUACGUAGGAACGAUUAUGAGCAUUGUUUUUAAUAUAUAUAUAUAUGUAUGUAUGUAUGUAUGUAUGUAUGUAUGUAUGUAUGUAUUACGUACGUGUACGUUGUUAACAAAACAAACGUAAAAUAUAUUGAUCAAGUUGCUCUGAAACUUUCCUACGUUACAACUGCCCUAAUUAUAUCAUUUUUAUCUUCUUAAACAUUGUUUGAGAAAUGCCGAUAAAAAAAAAAUAUGAUAUUUAUGGGCCAACGAAGAAUUGAUUAAAUAUUUUGAAAAGUUUAAUUAAUCAGAAAGCUUAGUAAAUAGAUGAUUAAAUGACCCACCGAAAAUAAUGCGCUCACGCAGGUACAUUCCACUAUUAUAGUUUAAUCGAUAAAGUGGUUUGAAGAAAGUGAAAAUCGAAUAUUUGUAAAUAGGAAAAGAAAGAAAUAGAUAUAUGGAUAUCGUAAUGUUAACAUUCAUACGAUCUAUAAAAAAAUUCAUCACAUGAUUUUGCAAAAAAAAUCACUUUCUUAUGUCGUUAAUACGAAAUGACCGAGAUUAUGUGUAUUAUGGCAUAUCGAUCGUAGAAAAACGUGUCUGCCAGUUAUAUCGAGUAUUAUAUAAAUGUUCAUGCUAUAUUCUUGUUAUUAUAUAGAUUAAUAUAACAUAUUUCUAAAAUAAGAUGAACAAAAAAAACCACAGUUGAUGUCCGAUGCUAUACGCUUAUAAUGUUAUUUAUUAUACAAGCUGUGUAUAGAGACGUUAGGAAUGAUACAUUUCAUAUAUUUUGCGUUAGCAGCAUACGCGGUAGCAUGUAAAAAAAUGAUAUUUUUGUGCUAAUUAAUCGUUUCAUUCUCACUAUGUAUAUGUGUGCGCGUGUGUGUGCGUGUGCAUGUGUGUGUAUUUGCUCGAAGAAUGACGUCAAAGUUAAAAUCAUUUUUGAAUGUACCUGCUGCGACUGUUCGUCGCUUACUGCUUCUUAUAUUUGAGAAACGUAUAUUUAUCAAAUGUUUUCAUCUUCUAUGUAAUCCGUCUAAAGUACUUACUUAAAAUUCAACCCUCUAAUCAAAUCGAGUAUGUAUUUCAUUUUCGAAACACGUUGAUAAAUGUAAUUUAUAAAUAUAAGUUGAUAAUUAAUUAAUUAAUUAAUUAAUUUUAUUUUUUAAUUUGAACUUUUUGAAUUAGCCUUUAUUACAUUUAUAUGUUCGAGACUGCUCCAAACUGAAAUUAUUCGUUAGGUUUUGCUACGAGCUUUCCAACGCGAACCUUUUACACGAUCAUAUUUUGAAAAUAAUGAUCAUUUACAAAAAAAAAAAAAAAAAAAGAUAUGAGAAAAAAGGAUAUAAAAAAAAGAUCAUUCCUCCCGGAUAUGCCAAUAGAAUUGUGUAUAUCGUGUAUCGUGUUAAUUGUUUAUAGACGAGUAAGUAAUUUAAUGCUGGAGUGAUUCCACUGGUCGUCCAAUCCGUAUAAUAAGAUUUUUCUAAAAAGAAGUUUGGAUCCCGCUAAAAAAAUAUUUUACGUAAUAAUGAAUUUCUUCGAAAGAAACUUUUCCGAUAAAACUGUGAUUUUUAUGUUUACGUUGUACAAAAUCGAUUCCGAUCAAUUCUUUACUAAAAAUAUCGUCUCUGUACAGUCGAUUCGCCAAUUUCAAAAUGUAUCUUUUCGAAAUAUCUAUUUAGAUCUAUACUUCUUGCGUUAACAAAUUGAUGUGUUGUACUUUUAUAAAUAUUUAAUAUGGACGUACUUAUAUUUUGUACUUGCAGUACCUUGUGAGAUUAUUAUAUUUAAUAACGCGAUUAUAAAUGAUUACAAACAAGUAUAUAUAGAAAUGGAUAAAAUUAUGAUAUAAUCUAUAAAAAAUUGUUUUUCGUUAUAAUUGUUGAAUUCUAAUCAUUGUUAAUUUUGUAUGUCUUUUUUAUUAGAAAUAACAUAAAAUUAAAAUCAUGUUCGCGAAAUGUAAUUAAUUUAUAUAAAAACACAUAGAAAUUAAUUGCAAGUCUUGCAAUUAGAAAAGUGACAAUUUUAAAUGACAACAGAUAUAUUAGAUAGCUGAGCAUACGAUAUAUCUAAUUAUUAUAAUCGAUCGAUAUUUUUUCAUAGAGAUCAACGAUUAAAGCGAAAAACAAUUGAAUUAAUAUGUACAAAUAGCUCCGAUUAAUAUUUCAUUAUUUAUUGUUAUUUGGUCCAUAAAUUCUUUUAUUAUACGUAUCUUGGAAAUAUAAUAAAAAUGAACAAUAUAAAAAAAUAUUAUUCAUAACGUGUUAUGUAUUAUAUUAAAAAAUUUCAAGAUAAUUAAUAUGAUUUAUAAAAUGUAAUUAUGUUGUUAGUCGGAAACUGUAUGUAUAUCAUAUCAGUGUUAUAAUAUGCGUUAUACAAAGGAUGUUGUAGACUGCAGAAACCUGUUACCAAUUGGCUUAUAGCCAAGUACAAACUUGUAAUUAUUUGUUUUAUGUAUUAAAAUGAAUAAAGUUACCGUUCUAUAACAAAUAUUAAUAGAUAUAUACAUAUUAAAAUUAUUCAGUUUUAUUAUUAUUAUUUUUAAAGAUAUUUAGUUUUUGUAUAGUGGCAGUCCUGGUUGCAUCAGGGUUAUAUACACUUGGUUAAAAUUGGUUAAGGUAUAUUAUUUUUGUAAGUGUAAAAUUUCAAAUAUAAAUAAUUAAAAAUGAGUAAAGCACAUCCUCCAGAACUUAAAAAAUAUAUGGACAAACGUCUUUCACUAAAAUUAAAUGGUGGAAGGCAUGUAAUUGGUAUUUUACGUGGUUUUGACCCAUUUAUGAAUAUGGUAAUCGAUGAGAGCGUUGAAGAAUGUAAAGGUGGUACAAAAAAUAAUAUUGGUAUGGUGGUGAUUCGAGGAAAUAGUGUUAUUAUGUUAGAGGCAUUAGAUAGAAUAUGAGUUAUAUAUAUAAAUGUACAUUUAGAUGAUACAAAAUUCCAAAUAAGAUUAACUAUGAUUUAUUAAAUACACAUCUGUCCAACAUA